AUGAGCAACGCCUCGGGGGAACAGAGGAAGCUGGAAGAUGUGCUGCAGCGGCGCCCCGACUUUGUGAAGGAUACGCCCUUGGACAGUUUCUUUGAGAAUUUACAGCGGGAAUUUCUGUCACCUCUUCGAACAUCGGAUGGCCUUAACAUUUACGAACGCAUAGGCUGUCAGGACAACGGCGAGUUUGUCACUAGGUGUGUUGAGCGCCUGACAUGCCUGCAUGGCCUGGCGGUAGAAAGAGAACAGGGGGAGGGAGCUGAGCAUAAAUUGCUUCCCAUUUCUCUGCAUGACAUGAAGUUCUUCGACGAACUGAUCAAUCUCCUGAUAGUGCACGGCGUGUAUGCGAACUUGCCGCAGGGUUUCGGUGUGCCUCUUCAGCAGAGGCAACUUUCACAAUUUAAAGACAUUGCAGAACGCUUCCAGGUGCCUGGGAAACAUGUCCGUAGCGCGACGACGUUGGAAGUGGCAUCCCGAGGAUUAUACAUCAUACUGAGCCAAGAUCGCGCAGUCGAUACGGUGCGCGAUAUUCUCUUGAAGGGCGCUGGCUACAUCGACGCUUUGAUGGGCUUCAUUGCUCUGCGGCAUGACAGGCCGCAGCGCCAGGAGGAGUAUGACAACGUUCUUGAAAAGCUGGAAAGUAUCCAAGACACGUACAGGCUUCUGUCAAUCUAUUCGCUGCUCGUGCAGUCUACGUGUGCGCGGGAAUAUUUGGAAUGGCCGCUCCAACAACUUAGCACGCUCACGGUGCGCCGGGAUGACGGUGUCGCGUCUCUUGUAGACUUCGUGGUAGGCCUGAGAGAUGAAGAGCAAGUGAGCAUUGAGAAAUUUGAUAGGGUAAAGCAGAUACUUCUGGCGAAACCAAAAUCCCUCAGUAAUGUCGAAUAUUUCCACCGUCUGUUUAAGCAGAUCUACACCUGUCUUGCAGAUGUCAAUCGACCUGUACUGAUAAGUUGCUUGAACAGCGUUCUGGUCGGAUUUUACUACAAGAACAAGCGUAUCGUGUACGAUUUCCUUUUUCAACGGGUAGCUCGUAUACUAUUUAACGUGGGUUCCGAGGCGUUCAGCGAGAAACAGCUGAAUGAUUGUUUUAACGUCCUGAUCUCGCUUUCUAAGAGCUCUUCGACAGAGCUGAUCGGCGCCUUGGUCCAGUAUAAGGGCGCACAGAGCUUCUACUUUCACCUGUGGGUCUAUGGCUUAUUUUUGCGCAAGAACCAAACCAUACAGCCCGUGGAGUCGGAGGCAAAGUACUACAUGGUGGUCUUUAGCCUCCUGAAUACCUUUGUUAAGCUCACUGGUGACUUCGAAGCCUUGGAGAGACUGGUUCCGCAUUUGGUCAACUUUGACCACGAAACUUGGCGCUACGCCAUCAACCUGGAGACCCAUCUGCCCUAUGUGCUGCCGAAGAGCGGCGACGAAAAUGCUGCGGCAGACCUCAAUCUGCAUGAUGCGCCGGAAACCGGCCUGUCUAAGAUCCAGCAACUUUUUUCGAGCAUGGACUUUGCCGUGGAGGCCUUUAUUGAACUGCUGAAUUUGCUCGGAGAGGAGGAAGUGCGCAAGAAUAUCUUCCUACAAGUGCUGCGGCGUUGGGUUGAGGCCACCAGCAAAUCAGAGUCUGUCCAGCAAACGGCCAUUGGGGGGGAUAGCGUGUCCCACAACUUGCUGGCAUUGGUCGAUCUCAAGCUGCUAGAAAAAAUGCAUGCUCAGUUCAAAGAUGAUAUCAUCAGCCGGCCGCACGACAUACUGCGCCUGGUCGCAGACUUGCUCGUGUACUCGCACUCCCAGGAAGACGAGCAUUCCGCCAAGGACUCGGAUGACGAGGACUCCGAAGAUGAAGAGGCCGCCGCGGAACCCGCCCAGGGCCGCCCGUUCUCCAUCCUUCUAGACCUGCUCUCCGCCACAUUGCUCUCCGCCCCGCCCGCCGAUCUCGUCAGCGAGCAGCCCACACUUCAGCUGCUGGCAGAGCGGCUGCAGGCCUACCCGGCGGACGCCUCGUGCCGGGCGCUGCAGCUGCGCAUCCGCGAUGUCCUUGCCCGCCGCGCCCCGGCCCCGGGUGCGGACGCCGUAGGAGCAGCCGAUAACGCCGCCUUCUCCAGGGCCCUCGCAAACGUCAACGACGCUCUGCCCUCCCUGCGCGCCCACGGGCUCUACGAGCUGCGGCGCCUGAUCGAGCGCGGCUCCCCAAGCGUCGGCCUGACCCGCGUGCUGGACCUGCAUUUCCUUCUGCUGCGCGACCCCGAGCCCUUCGUCUACCUCAACGCAAUUAAGGGCCUGUCGACCCUGUGCCUCUCUGCCACCGCCACCGCGCUUCCCGCUCUGCUCGCCCGCUACCACGAUCCCCAGGGCCGCAUGCCUCUCGACCACGCCCUCCGCCUGGCCGAGGCUCUUGCCGCGUUCAUCCCCGCGCAGAACGAGCUCCUGCAGGGCCCCCACGCCGCUGCGCUCGUAGAAACAUGCCUGAGCAAGGUCCGCGCACGCACCGCAGACGCCCGUCUGCGCAUGUCCGCGCUCUCCCUGCUCGGGCUCUGUGUCCGCACCAACCCCCUCGGGGUGGCCGCCGUCCUCCCCGACAUUCUCGACUGCGCACUCGGCGUGCUCCAGCUCGAGCCAGUAGUUGCCUCGGACGACCGCACACCUCUAGUGCGCCGAGCCGCCGCGCAUUUGAUCCACGACCUUCUCUCCGCUUCUGGCCUCGAUCUACUCCCGCCGAGCGACCUCCGCCGACUCGCCGACGUCGUACGCAACACAGCUACAAACGAAAAGGACUACUUGACUGCAGAACCGCUAGCCGACGCACUGCAACUGUUGGAAGGUCGCUGA